UCCUUGAACUUUGACCCCGCCCUUCCUUCCUUCCUUCCGUCCUCCCGCCCACCUUCCCAGCCCCCAAAGGCCGAGCGCGAGGCAGCAGACGGGGCAGUGUGGCGGCGAAGGCAGAGGCAGGCCGUUGUUUCCUCCUCCUCCUCCCCCCCGUUGACGGCGAUGCUCUUGGCCUCCCUUCGGCCGUGACCCUCGCCUCGCUUGCGUCCCAGCCCCGCCUCAGGCUACGGACAAGGCGGAGUCGCCGCCAGCCCUGACGAGGGUCCGCCCGGUUUCCCCGCUUCCCUUCUUCUCCUCCUCCUCCUCCUUCUUCCUCCUCAGCCCUGGGCGACGUGGAGCCGUCGGGACGCGGCCCUCAGCGGGACCCCCUUCGACAUCAUGGCCAGCGCCUCGUACCACAUCUCCAACCUGCUGGAGAAAAUGACGUCCAGCGACAAGGACUUCAGGUUUAUGGCAACAAAUGACUUGAUGACUGAACUACAGAAAGAUUCUAUCAAGCUAGAUGAUGACAGUGAAAGGAAGGUUGUGAAAAUGAUUUUGAAAUUGCUGGAAGAUAAAAAUGGUGAAGUGCAAAAUUUAGCUGUCAAAUGCCUCGGGCCAUUGGUGAGUAAAGUGAAAGAAUACCAAGUGGAGACAAUUGUAGAUACCCUUUGUACUAAUAUGCUUUCUGAUAAAGAGCAGCUACGUGAUAUUUCAAGCAUUGGCCUUAAAACAGUCAUUGGAGAACUUCCUCCUGCUUCCAGUGGUUCUGCGUUAGCAGCUAAUGUUUGCAAAAAAAUUACUGGUCGUCUCACUAGUGCAAUUGCCAAGCAAGAAGAUGUGUCUGUUCAGUUAGAAGCCUUGGACAUCAUGGCUGAUAUGCUGAGCAGGCAAGGAGGACUGCUUGUUAACUUCCAUCCUUCUAUUCUGACCUGUCUGCUUCCUCAGCUGACGAGUCCAAGGCUUGCUGUGAGAAAAAGAACAAUAAUUGCUCUAGGUCAUCUUGUUAUGAGUUGUGGCAACAUAGUGUUUGUUGAUCUUAUUGAGCAUCUGUUGACAGAACUUUCCAAAAAUGAUUCCAUGUCAACAACUAGGACCUAUAUACAGUGUAUUGCUGCCAUCAGUAGGCAAGCAGGUCAUAGAAUAGGUGAAUACCUUGAGAAAAUUAUCCCUUUGGUAGUAAAAUUUUGUAAUGUUGAUGAUGAUGAACUUCGAGAAUAUUGCAUUCAAGCAUUUGAAUCAUUUGUUAGAAGAUGUCCUAAAGAAGUUUAUCCUCAUGUCACUACCAUUAUAAACAUUUGUCUUAAGUACCUUACUUAUGAUCCCAAUUAUAAUUAUGAUGAUGAGGAUGAAGAUGAAAAUGCUAUGGACGCUGAUGGUGCAGACGAUGAUGAUCAAGGGAGUGAUGAUGAAUAUAGUGAUGAUGAUGACAUGAGCUGGAAGGUUAGACGUGCAGCUGCAAAAUGCUUGGAUGCUGUAGUCAGUACACGGCAUGAAAUGCUACCAGAGUUCUACAAGACAGUGUCUCCUGCUUUAAUUGCUAGAUUCAAGGAGCGAGAAGAGAAUGUAAAAGCAGAUGUUUUCCAUGCCUACCUCUCUCUCUUAAAACAAACUCGACCUGUGCAGAGUUGGCUUUGUGAUCCUGAUGCAAUGGAACAAGGAGAGACACCUUUAACAAUGCUUCAGAGUCAGGUUCCCAACAUUGUUAAAGCCUUGCACAAACAAAUGAAGGAAAAAAGUGUGAAGACUCGCCAGUGUUGUUUUAACAUGCUAACGGAAUUGGUCAAUGUUUUGCCUGGUGCUCUCACACAACAUGUUCCUGUACUUGUUCCAGGCAUAAUUUUUUCACUGAAUGACAAAUCAAGUUCUUCUAAUCUGAAGAUAGAUGCUUUAUCGUGUUUGUAUGUGAUCCUCUGUAAUCACGCUCCCCAAGUUUUUCAUCCUCAUGUUCAUGCAUUGGUGCCUCCUGUUGUCGCAUGUGUUGGAGACCCAUUUUAUAAAAUAACAUCAGAGGCACUUUUGGUUACCCAGCAGCUUGUGAAAGUCAUUCGCCCUUUGGAUCAGCCUUCCUCUUUUGAUGCCACUCCUUAUAUCAAAGAUUUGUUUACUUGUACAAUCAAGAGACUGAAAGCUGCUGAUAUUGAUCAGGAAGUAAAAGAGAGGGCAAUCUCCUGUAUGGGUCAAAUCAUUUGCAGUCUUGGUGACAAUCUUGGAUCUGACUUACCUAGUACACUUCAGAUCUUCCUAGAGAGACUGAAAAAUGAGAUCACUCGGUUAACCACUGUGAAGGCUUUGACUCUUAUAGCUGGUUCACCUCUGAAGAUAGAUCUAAGGCCAAUUCUAGGAGAGGGUGUUCCUAUUCUUGCUUCAUUUCUCAGAAAGAACCAGCGAGCUUUGAAACUUGGAACACUUGCUGCUUUAGACAUUUUAAUCAAAAACUACAGUGACAGUUUGACAGCUGCUAUGAUUGAUGCUGUCCUAGAUGAGCUUCCACCUCUUAUUAGUGAGAGUGAUAUGCAUGUCUCACAAAUGGCUAUUAGUUUUUUGACCACACUAGCUAAAGUUUAUCCUUCGUCUCUCUCAAAAAUCAGUGGGUCCAUACUGAAUGAACUUAUUGGGCUAGUGAGGUCACCACUUUUGCAGGGUGGAGCACUUAGUGCCAUGCUAGAAUUUUUCCAAGCUCUGGUUGUAACUGGAACAAGUAAUUUGGGAUAUAUGGAUUUAUUGCGCAUGCUAACAGGGCCUGUGUAUUCUCAGAGUACAGCACUUACUCAUAAGCAGUCUUAUUAUUCCAUUGCCAAAUGUGUAGCUGCCCUUACACGAGCAUGCCCCAAAGAGGGACCAGCAGUAGUAGGUCAAUUUAUUCAGGAUGUCAAGAACUCAAGAUCUACAGAUUCCAUUCGUCUCUUAGCUUUGCUUUCUCUUGGGGAAGUUGGACAUCAUAUUGACUUAAGUGGGCAAAUAGAGCUAAAAUCUGUGAUACUAGAAGCAUUCUCCUCUCCUAGUGAAGAAGUGAAGUCUGCAGCUUCUUAUGCAUUGGGCAGCAUCAGUGUCGGCAAUCUUCCUGAAUAUCUUCCAUUUGUCUUACAAGAAAUAACCAGCCAACCUAAAAGGCAAUACCUUUUGCUCCAUUCCUUGAAGGAGAUAAUUAGCUCUGCAUCAGUUCAAGGUCUCAAACCAUAUGUGGAGAGCAUCUGGUCUUUGCUCCUGAAACAUUGUGAAUGUGCAGAAGAGGGUACCAGGAAUGUCGUUGCUGAAUGCUUGGGGAAGCUGACAUUAAUAGACCCAGAAACUCUACUCCCACGUCUCAAAGGAUAUUUGGCAUCAGGAUCAUCAUAUGCUCGAAGUUCAGUGGUUACUGCCGUGAAGUUCACCAUAUCUGAUCAUCCACAGCCCAUUGAUCCUCUAUUAAAGAACUGUAUAGGUGACUUUCUGAAAACAUUGGAAGAUCCAGAUCUUAAUGUGAGACGUGUAGCUCUGGUAACAUUUAAUUCAGCAGCACACAAUAAGCCUUCACUUAUAAGGGACCUUCUAGAUACUGUGCUUCCACAUCUUUAUAAUGAAACAAAAGUCAGGAAAGAAUUAAUAAGAGAGGUGGAAAUGGGGCCUUUUAAGCAUACAGUUGAUGAUGGUCUUGAUAUUAGAAAGGCAGCUUUUGAGUGCAUGUACACUCUUCUGGAUAGUUGUCUGGAUAGACUAGACAUCUUUGAAUUCUUAAACCAUGUCGAAGAUGGCUUGAAGGAUCACUAUGAUAUUAAGAUGCUAACAUUUUUAAUGCUGGUAAGGUUAUCUACACUAUGUCCAAGUGCAGUAUUGCAGAGGCUGGAUAGACUGGUUGAACCUUUGCGUGCUACAUGUACAACUAAGGUAAAAGCAAAUUCUGUGAAACAGGAAUUUGAAAAGCAAGAUGAACUGAAGCGUUCUGCCAUGAGAGCAGUGGCAGCACUAUUAACCAUUCCAGAAGCAGAAAAGAGUCCUCUGAUGAGUGAAUUUCAGUCACAAAUAAGCUCUAAUCCUGAGCUUGCUGCCAUCUUCGAAAGUAUCCAAAAAGAUUCAUCAUCUACUAAUUUGGAAUCAAUGGACACUAGUUAAUUUGUUCAAAACAGGGACCAUUAAUUUGACCCAUAUGAUGCACUGAAUUGACAAGUUAAACAAAAAAGAAAAUAAUCUAAUCUUUACAAUGUUCCAAUUUACUUUUAUGGAGACAGUUUGGCUUUUUCCCAUUGUUGCUUUUGUAGCAUUUAUUCCAGAAUAUCAAUUUCCAUAACUCAAAAGUUGUAAGCCACUCAUGUUUUAGUGGAUUUGGACACACAUUAAAUAGAAAAUAAAAGGCAUUAAAAUGCAUGGUGUAUGGAAAUAGAUUCCAACAUCCAUUUGCCCUGUAAUGUUUAGGAUUAAAAGUUUAAAAAUUUGUGAUCCUGAUUUUUCUUUUCAUUUUUUGUGAUAUAAAACAUACUGUUUUGUAUAACUUUCAUCUUUUUAUUUCAGCUACAUAAAUUGAUUUUGGCUGGCAGAUCAAAAUAAAACUUUGUAAUACUUAUUGUGCAGAGGACCUGGGCACAGUUUAAAAAUGCAGACACAAGUAAAUGUCAUUUUUAAAGGUGUGGAAGUAAAACAUAUUUCCUGUUGUUCACACUACUUUUGCAUGAACAAGUUUACAAAUAUAUGUUGUCUGUAAAA